GGGGAGGGGGUUAAAUCACCAGCACACUUAUCACAAUAUACACAAUUCAGCAUGUCUGCCUGAGGGCUGCUGCAUGGGCAAACAAGCCUGGACAUCUUAUUCAUGUAAACUUAGGUAUUUCCUAACAUAUCCAGAGGAAUUCGUUUAUCAGGCUGUGCAUUUGAUUCUUGACACAUGGCUGGGAUGAGGUUUGUGAAUAUGGGUGUUCGUGUUCGGAGGACUGCUGAACCAGCAGAACCAGAACCUGAACCUGAACCUGAACCACAGCCCAAACCAGAACACGAGCCACAUCCUGCUCCCCCAACUCAUCAUGACUAUGAGAACAUGAAGAGCAAGUUCAUGAAUGAGCUGGAACAUCUUCCAUUGCCGAUGUGGGCUGUAGGAGCCAUCGUGGUGGUGGUGCUCGCCCUUGUGGCUUGUUUUACAUAUUGCAUGUUCAAGAAAUGCUUCGGCAAGAAGAAGAAAUCCAAGAAAGCUCGAGAGAGAAAGAGAGCAGCACGGAAAAAAGUAGAAGGGACUGAAAAAGAGGGUGAAGGAGAAAAAAAGGAGGAAGGAGAAAAAAAGGAGGGAGAAGAGCAAAAAGAGGAGCAUGAAAAUCUGGGAAAACUGGAAUUCUCUUUGGAUUACAACUUCACUGAUGCUCAGCUGAUAGUCGGAGUUCUUCAGGCUCAAGAUCUUCCUGCUAUGGAUAUUGGCGGCACAUCUGACCCAUAUGUAAAAGUUUACCUGCUUCCAGACAAGAAGAAGAAGUUUGAAACCAAAGUCCAGCGCAAAAACCUCUGCCCUGUCUUCAACGAGACCUUUAUCUUCAAGAUUCCCUAUGCUGAGUUGGGCGGUAAAACUUUGGUGCUGCAGGUGUUUGACUUUGAUCGGUUUGGUAAACAUGAUGUGAUUGGCCAGAUAAAGAUUCCUAUGAACUGUGUGGAUCUCGCACAGCCACUGCAUGAAUGGAGAGAUCUUGAAAAUGGAGAAAAGGAGGAGGAGAAACUUGGAGACGUUUGUAUUUCUCUGCGUUAUGUUCCCACUGCUGGAAAACUCACCGUCAACAUAAUGGAGGCCAAAAAUCUCAAGAAGAUGGAUGUCGGUGGUUUAUCAGAUCCGUAUGUGAAGAUUGUGCUACAGCAUAACGGAAAGCGUCUGAAAAAGAAGAAAACUACAGUUAAAAAGAACACACUGAACCCAUACUUCAAUGAGAGCUUCAGCUUUGAGGUCCCAUUUGAACAGAUUCAGAAAGUCCAACUCGUCAUCACUGUAUUUGACUACGACAAGCUGGGCAGCAACGACCCUAUCGGCAAAACCUUAAUUGGUUAUGGCGCUACAGGUGUCGGCCUACGCCAUUGGUCAGACAUGCUGGCCAAUCCCCGGCGUCCAGUGGCCCAGUGGCACGUUCUUCAAACAGAGGAAGAGGUGGAUGCUACUCUGAAGGCGCCACAUCGCUAACCAUCGUCAUGGUAACAAGUGGAUAUACCCAGAGUACACUCACAUCCAGGGUAACAGUGAAUCAUUCAUCUACUGAGCAACUUAGUGAAUGGCACUGAUAAGCACUGCAUGCAUCAGCUUUACUAGCAUGACCAGUGAUCUUUACUCUUUAUGUUUCAUGCAAGCAUUGCAGAGUUAUAGCUUCACACUUAAUGUUUUCUCUCCCAAGGUAAUUUUGUAUUAUGUGAAGAUCGUCAUGAUUUGUUAUGAGUUGUAUUUUUAAAUGCAUGUUUUUAUGUUUGGAGUAGAUGUGUUUUCUUUAUGGUAACUGUCACUCUGCAUGGUUUCGUAAGUUAUUUUGUUGUGUUAAAGACGUGAUGAUGAAUUGUUGCUAAUUUUGGUGAGAGCUAAACCAGUACAGAGAGUAUGUCUAUGAUUUUCGGCAAUUAUAAAACGAGAUCAGAAUUAAAAUAUUCUCGUCUGCAUUUAUUUAGCUAUGCAAAUGACAACAGUUCGAAUAGUUAUAUUUAUAUAAAUAGAUAGAUAUUUUGUAUUCCCAAUGCUAAAGUCAUUUUGUGUUUGAAAAUGCAAAUCAAAUUAAACCGAUGUAUCACUUG